GGAGGCGCGCGCACACGGAAUGUCGCUCUCCGUCCUAAAUCCGUGCCAACCGCGAGCCGCACAGAUACAGUGACGUCAGCUCCGAGACACUGAACCAAACACAUCGAGCCCACUGGCUCCGCUGCUGCGAGACGGGAAGCAUCGGUCAGGAUCGGCCAUAUUAAGCGUCACAUCUUUGAAUAUCUUCUGCGAUCUCACAGAAUCGUUCUAGCUUCGAAACAAACUCCCUGCGUGCGAUUACUGUAAGCAUGUCCGCCAAUUCGAGCGAGGGGCCGGGUUUGGAUGGGAAAUGGUUCGAGGAGGAGGAGGAGGAGAAGAACGGGAUGUUUGGGAGCGCAGGGCCCCGUUUCGACGAGAUGCGGGACGGUGUGCACGCGCCCAAGCAACAAUUCCAUCGCUUUGAAGGAAGAGGCGUUGCCAUGGAAACUGCAUCUACAGGUGACUCACUGUCUGACAUGUUUAUGAAGUCAUCAUCAGGAGAGGGUGAUCUGUACACCUCUCUCCUUUCCUCAAAAUCCUCCUCCAAUCCUUUCAAUGAUGGUGCCUCUCUCUUCUCCACUGAGGGCAACCGCUCUCCACCUGCUCCCACUGGGACCGACUCCGGCAUCGGCAUGACCCCAGGUGACCCCUCAGACCAUCAGACGACCCUGCAGGGUUCACACAAGACUGACCAUUACAGCUACAUGGACAUGGGGGAUGACCUCUGUGAUUUUGGUAGUGUGGGCAAUACCAAGAACAAGCAGCAGCCUCCCAUGUCUGGCUAUGGAGAUGACGAAGAAGAUGAAGAUGACAUUCAGGAUUUCAAGCCUAAGAUUCAUGAAAAGGAAUCCAGCCAUGACCCCUUCGAUCUGGGUCGCUAUUUGGAAAAGAGUCCUCUUGGAUCUGAAGAUACAGGGGUGAAGAGUCCGGGAUCAGCCGGUGGGCAGCACGCAUUUCCGUACAUGGAGGAUCCUUCAGAUGAAGAGAUGGCAGAUUACCGAUCUUACCAUAGGAUGGAAACGCCACAGAGUGCCAGUCCUGUAAAGAUCACGGUUACAACAGAGUCCCAGCCAGUGAAAGUGUCUCCGCAAGGGGGCAUGUCCGAGAGAGAGAGCGUGCUCAGUUUCGGUCAGCAGGGUCUUCCCAUAGUAACACUGUCAGAACCAGAGGAUGAUAGCGCAGCCUCCUCAGCUAACCACUCCCCUAACCACUCCCCUACAGGUCGAGAGUCUCCAUCUGAUGUGCUGUUCCAGCCUGCAGGAAUGAAGUCUGUGAGCUCCACUCAAGAUUCCAGUGGCAUCAGCUCUCAUCCCAGUCUUCCUGAAGCCAAGGACAUCAAGAGUUCAGCCAAACCCUCGUCCCCAUGGGCUCAAGACCUUCAAGGCAGUGGAGAUGAAUCUGGAGAUUCAGAAAUUGAGCAAGUGACCGAAGAAUCUGAUUCACCAAUAUAUGACCUGACAUCUAAGACCCCGCCUGCAAAAGGCGGAUUCAGCCAAGUAAGCAACCCGUUUGAGCAGACCAGCUACACAUCUGCCACUGAUAAUGCUAGUAACCCAUUUGACAAACCACAAACCAACAAGGUCAGUGCUAGUAACCUAUUUGACUUGUCUGGGGGUACCAAGGGGGGCUUUGGUCAAUCCAGCAAUCCACCAAUCUACAGUCUGCUAAGAGAGGAAAGGGAGGCGGAGCUUGACAGCGACCUGUUAAUCGAAUCAGCUUCUGAGGAGAGUCCCAAGAGGGAGCAGGAAUAUUCCGCCCCAAAACCUCCUGAAAUAUCUUCUCCCCUGACCACAGGCGUCACAUCUUCUAAGCCCAUUACGACUUCCUGCGCCACAGCCUCUCCCUUCAUCGACCCCCCAGAUAGCACCUCGAAAGAAACAGAGAAAGAAAAAGAGAAGGAAAAAGAGAAAGCAGCACCUGUUGAGAAGCCCAAGCCACAACCAGAGGACAGCUGGUCAACCAAACCCAGGCCUGCAGUAAUGGGAACGUCUACAGCGACUCCGGAGCAGCAUUCCAGUCAGGAGAAGGAGAAUAAAAGCAAAAGCAGUAUUGUGAGUUCCACUACAGAGAAAGAGGCUGAUCUGUCCUUGUUCCUCCAAAGCAUCAACAGACAGAAAGUCAUGGGUGGUUCAGUGGUAGAUCUGUUACAUUGGCGGGAUUUAAAGCAGUCUGGACUGGUUUUCGGCAGCGUGUUGCUGCUGCUGUUCUCUUUAACCCAGUUCAGCGUGGUGAGUGUUAUAGCAUAUCUCGCUCUGGCUGUCCUCUCCGCCACCAUCAGUUUCCGAGUCUACAAAUCAGUCCUGCAGGCAGUGCAAAAAACCGACGAGGGCCACCCCUUCAAGGCCUAUCUAGAGGUGGAGAUUGAUCUCUCUGCAGAUCAGAUCAUUAAGUAUGUGGAUAAGACUCAGCUGUACAUCAACUCCACCAUGAAGGAGCUUCGCAGGCUGUUCCUGGUUCAGGAUAUGGUUGACUCCAUAAAGUUUGCAGUGUUGAUGUGGUUGUUGACCUAUGUUGGAGCUCUGUUUAAUGGCCUGACCUUGUUGAUUCUGGUGGUGGUUUCCAUGUUUAGUGUGCCAGUGGUUUACGAGAAGUACCAGACACAGAUUGAUCAGUACUUAGGACUGGUGCGCACCCAGUUUAACUCGAUAAUGGGAAAGGUUAGAGAAAAGGUUCCUGGGGCCAAAAAGAAGGAAUAAACUCUUUGCUUCUGUACAAGUAAACACUAUAGCCAGUAAAAUCUACAACUUUGCCAGCACUGAAGGACCCCAACUACACAGGAGGCCAAUGUCACCUCAAAAACGAAUAAAAAAAAAAGCAUAAACAAAAAAAGAUAAUGUUAGUAUAAUGGCACCAAUAAAACCCCCCACUGUUGCCAGUUACAGGUGAAUUCCUGCAUAACUAACACCGAUUCACAUAAAUAACACCUUGUGGGCAAUCGUAGAGCUAUAGAUAUACCAGAGGGACAUACAGUGAUUCUCUCUUCCAUUGCUUCUGAUUUAAGUGCAUGAAGUCCAGUCUUGAGUAAAUAUUUGCUAUCUCUGCAGUGCUCUUCCUCUCUCUGCUUUACUUUGCAGUGCAUAUUUCCUGCUGUAAAAUGUAACACAAAAAUGAAAAUCAUGCCUGUCAUAUAAUCUCCUGCUGCCAUGUCGAAUAAUCGCUUCAAUUCACCGUCACUGGUAGAGUGGUUCUGUGUACAGACAUACUUAUUAAUAUCAAGUUGAAUUGUGGAUUGUUUUUUUGUUUUUGUUAUUUUCUGUGUAUUCGAGCACAUUGAUAAUUUGAAGAUGUUAUUACUAAAUGUGUAACUGUAAUUUUUGCAGAACUGUAGGGAUACGUGUAGGUGUUUAAAGACAAGCUUUGUGGUCCUUCUCUAGGGCACCUGAUUGUCAGACUGCAGAGCUCCAGCUGUACUAAACUCUGUCCAACUUUGUACGACGUUCAGUGUUCAGUUAUUUUAAAGUCUUUAACUAUUUGCACUCUGUAUUUAAUUAACGAAUGGGAAAAAUAAAUGUUCCUUAAUGUAG